GAGUUUUGCGCCUUUGAAAUGUUCAAAUUGCGUAGCACCUAAGAGAGUCAACACGUUGAAGUGUGGGGAGCGGAGUUUCUCCUUUUGUAGAGUUACUGCUGACACGCAGCUUCAUUAUUCUCCUUUUCUUUCUUCAUUUCGUUGCAAUAUGAGUUCUCUACUAGAACCAUUCGAAGUACCUCCCCUGACUGAUGAUCAGAAGCAUUCAUUAAAUGAACGCCUGCAGUCUGUCACUUGGCCCCAAGAAUUGGACAAGUCACAAAACGUAGGAUGGUCUUAUGGAGCACCUUCUUGGGCAGUGAAACGAGUAGUAGACCACUGGCUUAACAAGUUUGACUGGGAACGAGAACGUGCUCAGCUGAACUCUUUCCAUCACUACAAAAUGAAUGUCAAUGGCUUGAAAAUGCAUCUUAUACACGAACCAUCUAUCCAGCCUCAAGCAAAACCCUUAGUACUUAUACACGGAUGGCCAGGAUCUUUUUGCGAGUUCAGGAAGGUUAUUGCCCCGCUCCGCGAUGGUGCUGAUGGAAAGCAGGCAUUCCAUGUGGUAGUUGUCUCGUUGCCAGGAUUCGGGUUCUCUGACCCUCCUACGCAGAAAGGCUACGGCCUAGCUGAGACGGCAAAGACCAUCAAUCAAAUCAUGGUCAACCUCGGAUACAAUGAAUACAUUGCUCAAGGUGGAGAUUGGGGCAGUCUGAUUGGCCGAUUUCUAGCUAUCUACCAUACCAAGAACUGCAAAGGCUACCAUACGAAUAUGCCAAUUCCAAUGCCGCCUUUGCCAACACCGACCAAUCCAAAGGUUUUGAUGGGAACGGGCUUUGCGAACGCCACUUGGGACUCGGACGCAGGCUAUCGCGCCAUACAAGCGACACGCCCUUAUACCUUGAGUUUCGGUCUUACUGACAGUCCUGUUGGCUUGAUGGCUUGGAUACUAGAAAAGUUUCAUGUCUGGACGUACCAUGAGGGUUCUUCGGACGACGCCGACUUACCCUCCACUAUCUCCUAUGAUGAGUUCCUCACUAAUGUUAUGGUAUACUGGACAACAAACACUAUUUCCUCUUCUACUCGCAUCUAUUAUGAAUAUUUCAACCUGGGUGAAGGCAAGAUUAAUAUUCAGAAGGUUGGAAUCCCCACAGCAGCAGCAGUUUUUCAAAACGAAAUUAUCAAAGCCCCGGAGGACUGGCUUAAACCCGGUUACGACCUCCAGCAGUACACAAGCUACUCAGUGGGAGGGCAUUUUGCUGCGAUGGAGCAAUCUGGGCUGUUGGUUGACGAUAUCCAACGUUUCGGCGCAAAACUCAAGUUGAAAUCCAAGUUGUAGGUCACAUCAGUUGUAUGGCAUUUCGUAUACCUUUAUUAUCAAUCGGGUAGCAAUGGCAUACAAAAAUAUAUUUAAACAAUUACUUUACAUGCAAAAUC